UAAUAAUAAUAAUAAUUAAAUAAAUUUAACAAAAAGUAAAGAUAAAUAAAUAAAAAGUGAAGAGUGAUUCACACACACCCUCGACCUCCGUCUCCUUCUCCGUCUCCGGCUCCGCCGCGCCUCUCCUUCCUUCUAGUUUCCUUAUAUCACGGCCAGAGCAACCGAUUUGUGUAAAAUGAACUCAGUGGCGAAGCAUGCGGCAACCCUAUUGAAACGGCCGAAUGAACAGCUUCAGCAAUGCAGAGGAAUUAGGGUUAAGGUACUUGAUGGCAACCUGGAGCGUGCCCUAACGUUUAUGCAGCGAAAGAUGCAAUCGAGUGGGAUCGAGCGACUUAUUAAGAACGAGCAGACUCAUCACAUCAAGAACUCCGAGAAGCGUGUAUUGGCAAGGAAGAAUCUUCAACUUAAGAUACGAUCACAAGAGCUUGCUCGUAAACUCCGAGCUAUUCUCAUCAAGAAAGUCAGGGGUCUAUGAGAUUAAAGUUGGAGAUUUGUACUUUGAUUUGAAGCAGAGGCAGAGACUAUAAAGUUUGUUUCUCUAGAUGAUAGUACCUCAGAAUUUACAGCAUAUUAUUCAUGAAUAUUGAAAACUUCAAGGUUUUUUUAGUAGUUAAUUUCAUUGGCACUCCCAGCUUCCAAAUUUUUGUAGAAUUUUUGUUUUUUCUUAUGCAUUUAAUAAUAAAAGACUUUGAAUGAACAAUA